GAAAUUAAGCUAUGUAGAUUUAGCUGAUGUAGAUCUUUUAUAAUUUUCACCCACAGAAUUUGGGCGUGCUUGUACAGCCUUUAUAGCUUUCUGUGGUUGCUGUAUUGGAACUAUAUUCCUCGUAGCUGUACUUUUCAUCUCUUUUUUGUCCAGUAGUGCAACAAUAGAAUCUGGUUCAAUUCUUGUUGGAGAUGCACUGGGCAACAGUUCAGCACUAUUUGAAGUUAACUCUCCUGCUGUUGCUAUGGUACAAUUUAAAAUGUAUCAUGAAAGUACAAUUUUUAGAACUAAUCAUGCUCCCCUGAGUGUCAUUGAGAAUCUUUCUCCUCAACACUUGAUUGUUUCAUCUAAUUUGUCUGAUAAUGCAUAUAAAGGAAGUUUGAAUUAUCUUGGAAGUUAUGACCCAAUUUAUUUGCUUGCUGGAUCUUCAAUUUAGUAUAAUGUAACAGUGUAUUUCACUGAAAGAACCGAUUUAACAUGCCUCUAUCUUUUUUCCAAUGGUACUUAUUUUCAUAAUUUUAUUAACUCAAGUAUGAAUGGUCAAGAAACAGCCUCUGAUUGCUUUGUAUCAAAUGCCAGACCACACCCUCCUUGCCGCACGGAGGGUGUGGUCCGGAUACGCGAGACUAACUUCCUCUCUAAACUAUUUCAAUCUUGAUUUCAGUAGUCUUCAGCUCAAAAAGCGGUAUUCCUGUAUGAUAUGAUCUUGUUGAGACUUUAAUAAUGUGCAGUAGAAAACAUUGUCAUGAUUGUGGAGGCAUUUAUGUAGCAUUUAUGGUUUUAUGUGGUUGCAUUCUUGGAACUUCAUUCAUGAUAGCUGUAUUAUGUAUUAGCUUUAUAUCAAAUGUAAUAGAAAGCCCUGCAGGAAUUUCUACUAUUGGAGACAUACUGCACGACAGUUCAGCACUUUUUGAAGUUAAUACUCCUGCCGUUGCUAAAGUAAAAUUUGAAAUCUACUAUGAAAAUGCAAUUUUUGAAACCAAUCGCAUUCCUCCAAUUAUCACUGAAGACCUUCAUCCUCAGCAAAUUCAUAUUUCAGUAUCGUCAAGAGUAUUCUUGGUAUCGUUGAGAUAUGAUUUAAAUUAUCUUGGAAGCUACAAUCCAAUUUAUUUACUUGCCGGAUCUUCAAUUCAGUAUAACAUAACAAUAGAGCUUACUGAAGGGCUUAAUUCAGAAAAAGCAGCUUGCCUCCAUCUUUUUGAUAACAGGACUAGUUUUAAUAAUUUUUUCAACUCAAAUCUAAAUAGUCCAUGGCAAGUAACAGCCUCUCACUGCUUUGCAUCAAAUGCCACAUAUAGCUAUUCCUUUAAUAUUACAACUGAUGGAGUAUAUUACGUGGGGGCUGAAGUAAGUAGCGACUUCACCAUUCAGGCUAAGGCUUCUGUUAUACGUAGACGCUAUAGUACUACUGGACUUAAACAAACUUGUGACCAUUCACAUACCUGCACUGUUACUCUGUGUAACACAUUCAUUUGUACUGAUGAAUCUACCACAUACUUCCUAAUUCAGCCAACUAACACUACUGACAUGCUCCAUACAUUUUCGGGCCCAAGACUUCGUGGGUCAGCAUACGCUGGUUUCAUUGCAACAACUGUAUUGGGAAGCCUUUUUUGCUGUUGCUGUUGCUUUCUAAUCUGUUGUGUAGUAAAGAAUAUAUUUUGUUGCUGUGAUCAUUAUGAUAGUGAUGCUGUAGAUGCCUUUUUUGAUUGUUAUGAAGGUUGCCGUAAAAAGAUGAAACGAAGAAGACAACGAUUUGAACGAUUAGCAACAAAUGACCCUGAUGAUGAUGAAAACAAUGUACGACCAGCUGGUUUGCGACACCAUAGACCAGUUGCAGCCACAGCUCCAUCAAGGCAGAUCCAGCAGGACAACAAUGAUGAACGCCAUUCAAGAAUUUCUCAUGAAACUACAGGCAAUGUUGAUUCAUUUGAUGAAGAUUUACGCUUAGCAUUGUACUUAAGCAGUAUUGUUGAUACUCCAUCGACUAAUACUAUUGGAGAAGAUGAAGAGAGAAACAUUGACCCACCCCUUCCUUCUCUUGUUCCUAUAGAAGAGGAAAAUAACCAUAUUGAACUUAGUAAUCAAUUACCAGCAGACUCUGAUGAUGUUUCAUUAAUUAAUUUAUCAAGAGAUGACCCCGCAUGCUUAGUUGAACUGACUGAAGAUAUUGAUUCUCCAAAAUAUCGGGAUGUUUUCAAUCAAGAAGGAAACACCACUAAUAUCAUUGAAGAACAACAGCAAGAACUUCUUGUGCAACAUAGCAUGACUGAGCAGUCUCCAUUCGACACUAUUGAUCACAACGAAGACAAUAACUUGAAUGCAAUCAGUGCAGCAAACCCUUUAAAUACAGUUGUAAUUCAUACCAACGAGACUGAAAGUGUUCAGUUGGUACCAUUAGAUGAUGUCUUAUUACCACUGCCUUCACCAUUGGAAGAGUAUAAGACCUUAUCACUGCAUUCUCCAGAAGUUGAAAGUGUGGGGGCAGUGAAUGAAUGUUCCAAUAAUGCAGACGGUGAUGUUUUACCUCAGGAUACUAUUGAGGAAGAAGAGGGAGAAAUGCAGUCAUUAAGUGAUGAAGAUGCAUCAGCUUAUACUCCAGAAUCAUCAAUAUCAUCAACUGUUGAAUCACUGCCAAUAUACAAACCACUACCAUCAAAUUUUAAGAAAAGACUAAAUGAAAGUCAUGCUCCUAUCAUACUAUCUGCCAUUAAAAACUUAGUUGGCGACUGGGAUUUUGUAGGACUUUACCUUGGUAUUGAUAAUGCUGAUUUGGAAAGGAUCAAAUACAAACAUAAUAGGGAUGCUGAUCGUUGUCAGAAGGAAAUGAUCUUUACUUGGUUAAGACGUCGCAAUGCAACACGCCACAAAUUAAUUAAAGCACUGAAGGAGGCUGGAAGGAAUGAUAUUGCCCACAAAGUAAAGAAAUUGUAAUUGUUGACUUUUUGCUUAUAUGAGAUACAGUUAAUCAUGUCAAUGAUGUUUUUCUAGAUUUUUAUGAAAAAGUCAAUUUAAUAAUGCUGAUUUUGAUUCCAUUGAUAAUAUUACAAA